AUGGAGCAUACUGAUGGUUUUUUAACCCUUCCUUACCUUCGCUACUGUGGUAUUUACCGAGAGAUGUCCAAGCUGAAGAAACUUCGCACAAUAAAUUGUUCAGCAGUUUUGUUUGUGUUCAUGAUUUUGCAGUCGAUAUACGUUUUGCAAAAUGUGGAAGAUUUUCUUUCGAUCUGCGACGUAAUUCCAACAUUGGUAGUGGGAUUAGUGGCUAUUUGCAAGCUGUGCAUCUUUGUUUUAAAGCCAGCAGCCAUAUUCUCUCUGAUCGACUCAUUCAAGAUGCUCCAAAAACACUCGAACGGCGAAAAGCAAAAGUUAUUCCAGAGGAGCAGUCGUUUCCAUGCCAAUCUCACCAAGGUGUACAUAAUGGGCGCAUUGAUUGUGGGUUGGUUUUAUAUUUUGAGUGCUGUUGUUGCUGGAGUUCGGCAAUCCAUAGUUGAGGAAAAAUUACGUUUUUUUGCACCUAUGGCUUUUCCACAUAACUAUCAACAUCCGGUUGUUUUUGUGGCAACUUUACUGUUCAACUGUGACUCAAUUCACAUGAGCAUUUUUAUAAAUGGUAGUGUCGACACGUGCUUUUCAGAACUGGCUACUAACGUAGCCAUCCAUUUCAACAUCAUACAGGAUCGUGCAAGAUCGAUUGAUUUUUCAAAACACACGCAAAAUGACCUACAGGAUGUCAUCCAUUACCAUAUGGAUUUGCUGAGCAUAUGCUCAAACGUGAACAGCAUUUUUCAGCACACAGUAUUCUACCUGUUAAUGCUGGACUCGGUGCUGUUGUGCGUAAUUGGUUAUCAAUUUGUACUUUUCAUGAAAACGCCUCGUGUUGUUAUGCUGCUUUCUAUGGCGUUUGUAAUGUUAUUACAAGCAGUAAUUUACACCUACCAUGGUUCCAAAAUGCACGAUGAGAGCUUACGAGUUGCUGACGCUUUUUACCAAAGCAAUUGGUACGAGGGAAGUUUAUCCAUGAAGAGAAAACUACUUUUUUGUAUGAUGCGAGCUCAGAAACCUGUCGUCACUAAGGGUGGUUUUAUAAAAGCAACAUUACCUACUUUGAAAAAGACACUAAUGUUGCAGCAGAACAGUAGUAGCACCCGAGAAUUCCGCUUGAUCGACAUGAUCGUUGUUCGCUUACUUAAAACAAUAUUAGGAAAUUUGAAUCUUCAAAUACGAUUGGGCCGAAUUUAA